AUUGUCACCUUCGCUAGACCAUCGCUUGUCGUUUUGUUACAGUCAUUGAAAUAUUUUUUUUUUUUUAGUUUUAAUUCUCUAAUUUUGAGAUAUUUAUGUAAUCCAUAAAUGUCGUAAUUAGUUGUAGUAGUAGUAGUAGUAUAACUCAAUCGAUUUUAUGAAAGUGAUUAGUUUACAAACUAUUUUUUAAAUAACGUAGAUUAAUUACACGUUUAAGUUAACAAAUUGUGUAUGUGAAAUCUAAAAAUAAAAAGAAAAAGAUGUCUACUAAGUGGUUUAUACCGUAGUAUAGCUUAGUAGUAUUCAGUUCAUUUCGGAGCAACCUUAUCUUAUGGAGGUAAUAAUUAAGCCCAUUCAUUAAUUAAUAUAACCCCAGUGGCAGUGACUUCUCAGUUCAAAGCAGUUAUAGAGAUAGAUAAAUUGAUAAAUUAUCAUAAAUAGGAGUGAUAAGUCAAAGACAAGACUAAAUGUAAAGUGGGAAGUAAAGUAAAAGUAUCAAGACAACAUAUUCAUGAUGACAGUCAGAGUCAUAUACUAGUCAUAGUACUCAUAGUGACCAUAUCAUAGUCAUAUUCAUAGUGAUCGCUUUUUUUAAAUCGUAGUCUUGGUGAUUGUCACAAAUUAAGAAUUUAAAAAAAAUUAAAAUAUUCCUAAUUUGAAUUUAAAAAUAGCCUAGACCUAGCGUAUCAAUAACGAUUUUUAGUCUUUUACACUAGGUGUACACACUUUAACUUGAAGUUUAAUACUGACUUUAUAUAAAAAUAUUAUAUAUAUAUAUAUUUGUAGUCACUGACUUCACACAUAUUCAUAUAUAUAUAUAUAAUAUAAUAUGUUUACAUAGGCAUACGCCUACAUAUAAUAAAACUGCCUGACCCAGUGGCGUAGCUAAGAAGGAAUGUUUAGGGCCACAGGACAAAAUUCAUUUUUGUCGUCCCCUUCCUCUGAAACCCAUCAUUUUCAUUUAUGAUUACCACCAAAGCCCAUUUUAUUGCGCCCGCUAAUCUGGGCCCUGGUGACAUCUGUCCCCCUUGCCCCAAUUUAGCUAAGUCUCUGGUCUAAUCACUAUUUUGAGCCACUUAAUUUUAAUGUUUCAUGCCUCCAACUCCCAAAGAAAAAACCAAAAGAAAACCAAGCAUAAUGCUUAAAAUUAGAAAUUAGUGAAAAAUAAAAUGUAAAAGUAUAGGCAGCAUAGGCCUAAUUAAUUGAAUCUUGCAUUCAUCACUUACUUCUAUCACUUUAGGACUUUAGUAUGAGGCCUUUUCCGAGUUCUUUAUUUUUUAGUGGAUAUAAUUUUUGAGAUUGAGAGUGCUGUUUCAGGUUUAUUUAGACUUUAGUUGUAUUGUUAUUAAAAAAAAAAAAAUUGUUUGUCUAAGACUUUGUGUCUGUCAUGACUUACGAUGUUAAAAGCAAAUUUUAAUUUAGUUCUCCAUCAUUGAGAGAUGACAUGAAUACCCUAUGCCUAUUAAUAAUUGUCAAAUAUUAUCUUAUUUGUAAUGACACAAACUAUUUUUUUGCAAUUUUUUUUCCCCUUCAUACAACAGAACAUGGUUACAUUAAGUUUGUAAGUUUCCAUUUUCAAAGAUCCAGUAUGAAGUAAAAAAUGUCUCUAACAAGAAAUCCACAGUAUCCUAAGGAAAUAUUGUCCCUUUCUAUGUUCCAUGUAAACAUUCGCAGUAGAGAAGAGGUCAGUUCUCUUUCUUUUUUUUGAUGUCAUUAAAACUUAAUUAAAUUAGUAUAAAUUACAGAAUUUUUUACAUAUAAUUUUAUAUUAGUGUAAUAGUUCUGGUAUAAUCUUGACCACAAGAUUACAUCAAUUAUGGAAGUAACAUAUUGAAUGCAACCUAAGAUUAUUGAAAAAUGGAAAUGUGUGCUUCAAUUUAUCUUGAGGUGUUGUCAGCAUCCAACAUUUUGAAAAACACAAAUAAGAGACACAAUCAAAUUUUUACAAUUAAAUUUUAUAGUGCGGCAAAGAAUUAGUAAGUUUUCAGCUGCUGCUAAUAAUGACGCAACUAAAUAAUGCAAUGAAUAAAUAAUGGCUCUAAGAAGUGAUUGCCAUAUGCGGAAAAUGUUUUAAAUUAAAAUUUAUUCACUUUCCAUUGCAUAGUCAUUAAUGUUUUAAUAAUAUGAUUGAUUUUAAGGCUCGGGAUUACAUGAAAAGAUACCACAAAGGAGAAGGAUCUUACUUUGUUCGUCCCAACAGUAAUAACGAUCCCUCGUUUGUUAGCAUUACAUCAAGGUAACUAUGUGGUAGCAACAAAACAAAAAUUUAUUUUAACUGAGCUGAGAAUUCUGUGGCCUCAAGGUUUGAGGAAUCUGUGUAUGAUUUCACUAUUUUUACCUUCAGUCUAAUUUCAUAGAAAGUUGAUGUAUAUUCUUACCUCAUCAACACAGCAUCAUAGCAUUCUGAUUAUAUCAGGCUAAUGAAUACUUGGUCAACUUAAUGCUUUAGGCUUAAUAAUAGUAAUAAGGAUUAGUUUAUAUUAGAUUUUUGGUUAGCCAAGCCUUCAGUUUGCUGUUUAUUUUAUGAAAUAAUCAUUUCUCAUAAGAAUUUAUUGGUACAUUUUACUUCAUUCCAAUGACAUGUGACUUUGUGGGUGGCACACCACCUUACACAUGUCCCAAUGAACUUUUUGAGCUUAAUUUAAAGUUCAUUUAAAAAUAUGGUAAUUUAUUAAAAGUACAUAUCAUUGUAGGAAUCGUAAUAUUUAUUGUAAUUCCCGGUUUUUUUUUUGGUGGUUUUUUUCAUUUUGAUAAAUGUAUUUUUUUUGGAUUAUAGGAUUUAUAAUUAGUUAAAAAAAUAUUGCUCUUAGAGGGUGAGAGGGGGAAAUUUGCCAUUAAAACAAACUGAUCAUUUUUUCGAAAUCCUUAAAGGCUAUAAAAAUAUUCCAGCCCAUCAGUCCUUAUGUUAACAAGCUUUAAACAUUUAAAAUUGCCCUCUGUUUUUUCCCUAGGGCUAUUCAUCUUGGUUUUUGUUAAUUUAUUUGCUAAUAACUACUUAUUUAGAGAUCAAAGCCUGCCUCAGUGUAAAACUGCUGAGUUCCUUUUCUCUCUCCAGUAUUACAAGUGAUGGUGAGAGCUGCCAUGCAAAGGUUUUCAUUGCUAAACACAAUGGUGCGUACUACUAUUUUAUAUCAGAAAGGCUCAAGUUCUCUACAUUUAAUGAUUUGCUCCAAUACUAUGCUGAACACAGAAUCCACUGCACUCAGAACAUUGACAACAUCAGGCUAAUAACACCACUCUGUGUCAACAACAAUCGAUGGCAUCAAUCCCGUGUAAGUGCUCAUAUAUAUAUGUAUAUAUGUAUAAAUAUAUAAUAACUGAUAUUAAGUUUCAUCAGAUUUAUUUGAUCACUUUUAAAAAUUAAAUACUGAAAAAAAAAGAUUUUAAAGGAUGUACACACAAAAAUAAAAAUAAAAAAAGAUAGGAAUACAUCCAUCUCAAGCAUUAGCCUGUGAUUAUCUACCAUUCCAUCUCAGAUAUCCGUAAACUUACUUGAAACAUUUUAUUUCAUAUUUAUCUGACUGUAUGACCAUCUACGCUUUAUUUUGUUGCCUAUCAUAUUUUCCAAUAGAAAUUCUAUCACCUCUCAAAUAACACAAAUAUUUUCCAAAAGCUGAUUUUUAAAUAUUUCAUUAGAAUUAUUUACCUUGCACUGAAUGGUCCUCUUAGUUUAUCUAGGAGUAGUAUAAUAUUAAGCAAGAUAGAAUUUUAAAAUAUUUAACAUUGGUUCAUUCUGAAAAUAGAUAAUUAGCAUAUAUGAGCUAUAUUAAAUGUGUCAAUAAGACACUAAUAGUAGACAUUCAUUUUUAGCUUUACCUACCUGUGAAAAUCACUACUGCACGUUUAGCAAUAAAUAUUUUAAAUUCAUGUUCUAAGCAAAAGAUUUUUGUGUGUUUUUAGCUAAAAAAAAUUUCAUUAAAAAAAAAAAUUGUCCUAAUAUCAGAAUCUAUUAGGACUACUGCUAUCUCUUUGCAUAAUCAACUGAUUUUUAAUACCGCUUCAAGUUGGUUGCCGUCUUCUGACUUAGGUAUCUGAUACUUUUUAAGACUCAGUUCGUACCUCCUCCGCAGGAAUAGGUGCCUUACUUGACUUAGUAAUCCAUUCCACCUGGCAUCUUUCUAUAGCUGGGACAAACCUGGACACUUUCAAAGCAGCAAUCUUUUAGUCAAGAUGCAUUAGCGACAUGACAUUAACAUUGGCAUUCUUAUCUGAUCAAACAAAUUUAAACAAUUUGUAUUUUAAGAGUUCUUUUUAAAACAUUGUGUUAUUUUUUGUAAAUAUUAUUAAUGAAUGGCUAAACUACAUUCUCUCAUGAAUGGUCACACUACAGAUCAUGAACUGUAUUCUCUCAUGGAUGGUCACACUACAGAUUAUUAACUCUAUUCUCUCAUGCCAGAUUUAGGAAGGGAGCAGCUCUAUUAAGAACAAUGAAAAGACAAAUUAUAGUUGAUUAGUUAAUUGUAUUUAUUUUCACAGUCCAGUAAUAUUUUUUGUGAAUUUCAGGAUUCUGAUCAUGAUGGUCAGAUGAUGGACAGUAGCAAUGGGAUUGAUCGCUAUAAUGGACCGGCUGAAACUGGCUUUGAUCCUGUGCAAAAUGGUAGGUUGACAAAAUAAAAAGCUUCAGAGAUUACUCAUGUUAUAUUUCAUUUAGGUAGAAUUCACAUAGUUAUCACGUUAAUCCUCUUUACAGGUACACAAUGUCUUUCAAACAAUUCAAGUACAGUGGAAACUCAUUAUAACGGGAUAAUUGGGGUCCAUAAAACUGACUUGAGUUUAAACUGGAGUCUUAAUAUAGCGAGGUCUUGUAAUAGUUUUAUGCUUCCCAAUGCUGAUGAGAUGCUUUUAGGCAGACACUGAAUUCCAUGUGGUCUCAUGGAAGCCUUGAUUUUGUGCCAAGAGGGUUGAGAUUUUAAAGCUUGUGAAGAGGAUAUUAUUUGCUAACAACAACACAGCCAAACCCAGCAUACAUGUUGGUGGCGUUCCUGCUUUGACGUUUAUUAAUUUCAAAUAUCGGCAACUGUGCCACUAUGAAAUUAAAAUAGGAUCUCAUCUAAAAUGAAGUUAAACCUUUAAAAUCUUUUUUCCACAUACUUUUUUUUUGUACGUACAAGUAUAAGAAAUUUUUGGAGCAAUGACACAUCUGUGUUAUGUCUGAAUUUGAAUUACAGCAGGGUGUGUUUCAUUGGGGUUCCAGUAAACUGGACCACUGCUACUUCUUGGUAAAAUUAUGAUAAAAAUCUUCCAAUAAUCUUGUAUACGAAUCCUGCUAACUCUUUUCAUUGGGAACAAUUUCAUAUGGAGUCCCUGCUCAAGGAUGUAAAAAUUAAUGAUUCAAAACUCAACACAUUUAUUUAGGAUAAAACAAGUUUUUCAUUGUUCUUGUAACAUUGUCAGCUGAGGACUUUUGCAGUUUGUCUCUUGUGAGUUUGGAAAUCUUAUCAAGCCUUCCAACCAGAUUCAAGUUGGCCCACAAAUAAACCACAAUUAACAAUAUGAAAUAUUGAGUAAAUACAGCUGUGUUAUAACUUGAAACUAAGCUCAUCUGGUUCAGCCCAGCAUGGUGGUGGGUUGUGACGAAAACCUUUCCGUUGCUGGGGAGCACAAUCUGGAGAUCUUGCAUCACCAUAAAAAUUGAUGCAGUGUCUGUGCUGCCAAUAUGUUAAUUUAAUAGGAACUAAUUUUAGCCAUACAAAAUAAUUUUUUUUUACCAGAAAUAUUUUUUUCUUACCACAGGCAUAAGUUCCAAUCAAAGAGACACUCUAGUAAGGCUACAGCCCUUGAGAUCUGCCAUAUCUUCUCCAGCUGACUGGUUAUCACCAGGCUCCUCAAGAUUUCCCAUAAAUUCUUCAGGGGACUGGCCACAAAACUCAAUACCUGAAUCAUCAGAUAUGAUUGAUAAUGGACCGGUCAAGGUGAUCAAAAGCAGAGGUGGAGCCCCUACAGCUGUCAAUGCCGGGCCGCAAACAAAAGCGCCAAAACCCUCGCUGAAAACUCAACACUCCGAUACCAGGGACACAGUGCAGCACGGGCACGCCUCCAGUCUUGCCCGGUCCGUGUCUGACAGCAGGAUCCAGAAGCCAUAUGCCAACUCUGCUGCAGUCAAGAAAAAUACCAAGAUGAUGAUCAAGUGUAUGCCGCCUGCUCCUUUGCCUAAGUUAGAGCCCCUUCCCCCAGACAAUGAUUUUUACUACACACACAUUGAGGUCAAUAAGAAUUAUUUCCAGGAAACCUACCAGUUUCUGAAACAAAAUGAACUCUGUGAGUGUGGUCUACGACUGGUGGAUUCAGAAUUCCCCAAAGGUUGGACCAUUCAUCGCAGUCAUGAAAAACAAAGUUUGAAUCGUAUCUUUUUUCAGCAAGGAGAGGACACAACCUGGGAAAUGCCAGUAGAUUUAGUUCCCUUGCUUUCCCGUACCCAGGUGGAUUUCAUACUGUUCCUGUGCAGUGAGGGACGGUCUCCCAUUCCUCGAUGUCUUCUACCUCGGCUUGAAAAUGAGUAUGGAAGACAUGUGAGUAAUAGAGAAAUAGGAAUUGAUAGUUUUAACAUCAUCAACAUUGUAAAGAUUUCUUGAUAUUGUCAGUUUUUAAAUACUUAACAUUAGUUUUGCUCUUCUUGUGGCUGGCAAAUAUUCAGAUGGCGAAUUGACUCACUUCCAGUCAACCUAUCUGUUACGUGCUGUUAUCUGUAUGGAGGAAUUAAUCUCUUAUUUAAGUAUACGGCUCGUUCUAAAACAGGACACAACAGAAGACGAUACUAUAUGCUAGGUACAAUAACAAAGAAAACGAUACCCAAACUAGGUGCUAAUUACAAUUAAUAAAUUUUAUUAAGUUAAUAAUGAAUUACAAAAUGAAAAAUAAAAUAAAAUUAAAGCUAUCGACUUACAGUAUAAUAUUUUUGGCUUGUACCGGUGCAAUGUUGAAGAAGUUAAAAUUUUGUAAAAGGUACAAUGAUGAAAAGGGAUUCUACACACACAACACAGCAUAUUUUAGUAAAAAAAUCGCUGUCUUGUAUAGCAAAUCUCUAUAUCGUAAUAGCGAACUCCCAAAAAUAUCUCUCUCUUCCUUUGAUAGUCUGUUUUACUGAUAUUUCUAGAGAUUUAUUUGUUGAGAUUUUUCUACAGAAUUCUAAUAAUUCUCUUCAAUAAGCUGCAUUCAAGUUGAUCUCUAGUGAUCAUUUGACUCUUCAUUAAGACUGUUCCCAGAUCAAUGUCAAGAUUGACUUUAUUACUCUUUGGUUAAAUCUCUUUUUUGGAGAUCUUUGAACUCAUGGCCUAGUAACAGCACAUGCUGGAUAUAAUUCUGGAUCUUCUUCUUGAGAUUCAGUGAAACAAGGUUCAUGAGUAACGAUGGGUUUGGCUAUCACCUUCCCACCAGCUAAGUCAUUGCCUAGCAGCAAUGAGAGCCAUCAAAUGGUAAUGUUGGUCGGACACCCACAACCACAGAUCCUGAGACUAGGUCUGAUUUGAGGUUGAUGAGAUGUAAAGGUACAUUAAUGCAUCACAGCUCUACGCCUCGUAACAGGAUGUUGCUCCCAGUAGCAGUAGAUUCAGAUAAGGAAAGUAUACCCUCAAGUAGUAAGGACUGUGAAGCACCUGUAUCUUGUAAAAUUUUGAUUGGUCGUAGACUGGAAAAAUCACCUGGCAGUGAUACAAAUCCUUCCGAUAUGAAAGGCAUGAAGUCUUGUAUUAUAUUAUAUGUGUCUUUUGCACUUGUUUCUUUUGUACCGGGCUUAUAUGAUUUUGUGGAGAUGUACUGUAAGUUGAUGCUGUUGCCUUAUUGUGCUUGUCUUUUAGUGUCAAAUGGGUUCUUUGAGAGUUGAUGUGAGAUGGUGAGUCAUCAGGGAAAACUGCUGCCGUAUGCACAUCACCUUCAUCAUGGUCUGCAAUUUGUGUUCGUACGUCAUCACGAAUACAAUUCUUGAACUCCUCCAUCAGAAUGAGGUUCUUGAACUUUUUGAAGUCUGUGCGGGUGUUCAUUGCUUGUAGCCAUUAAUCCAGGAGUCAUUCCUUUUCCCGGAGGAACUCGACUUGAGUUUGGCCAUCCCUGAUAACUGUGCUAAAUGAGAUUCUUAAAAAAAAAUCGCAGGGGCUUUUGGUGUGUAAUAUUUUCUUUUGUUUUCGGAACAAAAAUCUGCAGUGUAAAGGCGGGUGGGUCACUAGAAUAUUAAUAUAGUUCAGGGGUGUGAAAAAAAAAUGUGCGGUUGUGAGACUUGGGGGGGGGGGGGGGGUGGCACUAUUUGGGAUUUUUAUAAAGUGCAUUACUUGCAUGCAUGUUUAGUCAAAUUGUGAGCCCCAAUCGUUAGAUCUGAGUGGAAGGAAGUAGUUAGGCAGACCAAAACCCUACAUGGCGUGUAGCGCCACAGGGAGGGAUUGAUUAAUUAUAAUGAAUCUUCGGAACUUAGUAUCUUAUAAAGUUAAAGUUGAUAAGUUAUUGAAAGCUUGAAGUUGAUAAGCUAUUGAAAGCUUGAAGUUUAUAAGCUAUUGAAAGCUUGAAGUUGAUAAGUUAUUGAAAGCUUGAAGUUGAUAAGUUUUUGAAAGCUUUAAGUUGAUAAGUUUUUGAAAGCUUGAAGUUGAUAAGUAACUGAAAGCUUAAAGUCGAUAACUUAUUGAAAUGAUCAGUUAAUUAGCUUUCUGGGAAUUUGACUGCUGUAAAGUUGAAACAAAUGGAUGCACAUUGGGGCUAAAGGCACUGAAUAGCAGACACAACAAUACAUUCUUAAGUGCAACAACAUGACAUUAAGAACAAAUACUUAGCUAUAGAAAGGAGAAAAAUCAAAUAUUUAAAGUCUUCACCCUAGCAAUAAAACAGAACUGAGAAAAAAUUUGGCCUUUUGAAUAAAGGAAAUGACUUGCCUUAAAAACAACCAUUGAAAAAAUAUUUCAGUCACAAAAAUAAGGGAGGGAUGUGACUGAUGACUUCAUGACUCAAAGCUACGAAUCAAAGAUGUGACCAAUGACUUCAUCACUCAACAGUCUAGAGUAAAGAUGUGACUCAUGACUUCAUGACUCAAAUGUAUAGACUUCAGGGGUAACUGUGCAGACUACAGGGGUGACUGUAAAGACUUCAGGGGUAACUACAGACUACAAGGGUAGCUGUACAGACUACAAGGGUAACUGAACAGUUUGGCACCAUGAAUUAGCACAAUUGUAAUAAAACAGACUAAAACAGAUGUAUAUAAUGUACAUACAGUAAACUUUUAUAGAGAAUAAUCAUUUAGCUCUCUGUUAUUUCAUCUUUCAGGAUACCGGUGCUUCAAAAAGCCUUCCCCAAAAGUCCCCCAGAGGUUCCUCAUCCUCCCUUGAUUCCCAAACCAAUCUGAAACAGGUCAAUGAUUUACCUACCCAUCUUAGGGAUGCCACACAAGGCAACAGGUCCAACAGACCGGUCAAUGGGUCACAAGAAGGCGACAGAAAGGGACGUCCGGUAAGUUUUGACUCGACGCCUACAACGGUGAUAAACUCCGUCCCCGGCUCCCCAAUGCUGCAAAAGUUCAGUCCACAGGGUGUGUUUCUUCGGAAACAACAGGAAAUAAUGCACGAACUUUCUCAGCUGACACAGGAUCAGGAUCCUGGGAGUUCUCAAUCACAAGCCAUGAGAGCCCCAGUGUCAAGAUCCCCUAAUCAAAAUUCUGAACAGAUGAAGAGCAGUAACUGGAGUAUAAACUCUCCUAAUUUCAAUUUUUAGUGUUUAUUUAGUGAUGAAAAUUUACUUAAGUUUUAAAAAUUAAACAGUUACAUACUAGUGAUUUGUUACAAGCUUAAUAUGGACCUGACAGGCAUCAAUGUAUGAGGAAAGAGAGAGUAAACUACACUCAAAUGAUAGGGAACAACAAAUAUUUUCAUUCAUCUCCAGUACCUUUUAUAAACAUAGAGGGAUGAUACUCCUUUGGGCUUGCAGGUGAUCCUUUCAUUUAGUGAACAUUUUGUUUGGAGACUUUUUUAAAAUUUGCUAAACAUAGUAUCUGGCUGAUUUGAAACCCUUGUAGAUAAACAACUUUCAGCUGGCACUCAGUGCAACCCUAGUAGAUACACAGCUGUCAGAUUGCACAUAUUUUUAUUAACUUAAAAUUGUAAGGGUUUCAACUUGUGCUUUUUUUUUUUUUAACAUAUAAACACCAUUAAAUAAUACAUGUGUAACAAUGGAGAAGUUAAUAUACCAAAGGUAAUUUACAUUAUUUCUGUAUGUAUUGAGUUAUGAAUGGUGUAUGUUAUGGGUCAUUCAUUUGGCUCUUGCUGGUUUCUUAGAUAAAGAUCAUUUAGUAUUACUUUGCAAGGGAAAUUAUCAAGUUUUUAAUAUGUUUAACAAGCUCAAUCUUAUUAAUUCCCUUAAAAAUAUAUUUGCCUUUAUAUAUAUAUUUAUUUUUAAUUAUUUUUCUUCGCUAAUGCUGACAAAUCAUGAUAAUAUAAUGCCUGUAAAAAAAAUUUUUCUCUAAAAAAUUUCUACAUGCCUAAUGCUGACAAUAAUUUUAUCAUAUUUUUAAAAGCAAAAUGAUGGCACUAUCUGGGCGUUCUGCUCACUUCACCAUAUUGGGCUCCUCAAAGGGUUGUGAACUGUUUUGUUGAUUUGGCAGCUCCUUCGUUUUAUAGCAUCAUGAAAAGAAAUUAACAUUUCUUACUGCAAGUAAAAAAGUUUAAACUUGAUACACAGUAGCACAUCACCUAUCUCUUCUUCAAACAUUCCUCGUCUAUCAACAUUUCUAUGCAAUUGACAAAUGUUGGACACAGGUUUUGCAUGUUUUUUUUUCUUUUGGCGUGGUCCAAGGUCACUUGUGUCAAUGACAAAAAAAAAUAAAAAAAAAAAAAAAUUUGUAAACAUUUGAAUGUG